AUGACCGGCCUUGAUACUGUGUGGAUCCCCUUUGCGGUGAUGUAUCUUCUGUACCAAAUCCCUCCCACGAUGAUGGAGGUCUAUUCCUACUACAGUCGUGGGGGCUUGGUGAGCAUUGAAGACAUCAAGUACGACGACACCUUUAUGUGUCAUUUUCAAUGGUUAAAUGACAAAGACAUCUAUUUUAAAAGGUAUUGUGAUCGACCCAAAAGUGAAGCGGGCAAAGCAUUUUUCUCGUGGCUUGAUUGGAGUGCGGAGUCGUACGAUCGUUCUAUUUAUGUGCAGCGAAGGAACCAUGCUCGUCGUGACGGAGAAGUUUCCAUUUUUAAGCGAUACGUUUACGGACCCUUUGUCUUCAAUUGGCCAAAGAAGCAGUGGCUUCGCGACGAUGACGGCUGUGGGAUGCGGAUGCCUGCGUGGGGUGUAGGAGGUGAGGCGCGUGCUCGCGAGGAGUAUGCUGCCGCCAAGGCGAAGGGUUUUGAUAAACACUGGCAUUACCAAAUUAUGCGCAAGAUUCGCCGCGAGCAGGCGCGCAAAGCUUCAGCAGAAGCCGCAAAGGCGUAA